AUGUCUGGAACUGAAGAGACCGUUUUGUUGACCACCGCUGCAUUCGAUGCUCGCUUCCCCAACACCAACCAGACCAAGCACUGCUGGCAGAACUAUGUUGACUACUACAAGUGUAUUUCCGCUCGUGGUGAGGAAUUCGCUCCUUGCAAGCAGUUCUUCAAGGCUUACCAUGCCUUGUGCCCCAAUGAGUGGAUUUCCAAGUGGGACGAACAGAGAGAAGAAGGCACCAACCCCUCCAACUUCUCCGUUUAA